GACUCUUUAAAAAAAAAAAAGAGAAAAAAAAAAGCUAUUAAUUGAAAAAUAAAAAUAGCAUCAUCACAUAACUCACAACCAAAGAAAGUCUACUUCUCCCUCCCCGUUCUCUCUCUAUCUCUUCCGCUCAUUUCCCGAUGAGCAUCAACUGCCGGUGAGAGCUGCACUCUUCCUGUCUUUCGCUCCGGUUUCAAUGGCUAACAACAACGACUUCGUUUCCCAGACCUUCCGAGCCUUGGUGGAGACCGCGGACCGCAAGUUCGCUCGCGCGCGCGACCUCCAACCGUACGGACGGACACAAACUCACUGCUUCCAGAAAGUAUUCAAGGCGUACAUGAGGCUGUGGAAGUACCAGCAAGAGAACCGGUCCAAGUUGGUUGAGGCAGGGCUGAACCGUUGGGAAAUCGGCGAGAUCGCUAGCCGGAUCGGUCAGCUGUACUUCAACCAGUACAUGAGGACUAGCGAGUCUAGGUUUUUGGUAGAGGCUUAUGUGUUCUACGAUGCGAUUCUGAGCAGAAGGUACUUUGAGGGAUCGAAAGUGAAGGAUCCGGGAGUGAGGUUCAAGGAGUUGAGGUUUUAUGCUAGGUUCUUACUCGUGUCGUUGAUUUUGAAGCGCUCGGAAAUGGUGAAGUUGCUUGCAGAGAAGCUUGGAGCUCUUGUUGACGACAGCAGAGCAGCUUUCCGGGAAACCAAUUUCAAAGAAUGGAAGCUGGUGGUGCAAGAAAUUGUUCGCUUUAUGAAUGUUGACACAUCCUUCACGAGUUCCAAACCCUUGCGAUAUUGUGCUAUCGUCGAUUCUCAUCCAGCUUCACUUCCGUAUGUAGUGCGUUUCCAUUCAAAGAAAAUUCUCAAAUUUCAAGAUGCGCUCCUAACGAGCUAUCACCGGAACGAGGUAAAAUUUGCGGAACUCACUCUGGACACUUACAGAAUGCUGCAAUGUUUGGAAUGGGAGCCAAGUGGAUCUUUCUACCAAAAGCGUCCGAUUGAAGUAAAGGAGAAUGGUGCUAUGAUUGAUCAUUCUGGAACUUCUGGAGUUAUAGAUAUGAACUUGGCCACAGAUUUAACUGAUCCUUCUUUACCCUCAAAUCCUAGGAAAGCUAUUCUCUAUCGGCCGUCUGCAACACAUUUUCUCGCAGUCAUGGCUACUAUCUGUGAGGAGCUCCCUCCGGAGAGUGUUAUGCUAAUAUAUCUGUCAGCCCCAGGGAAGGCUAGUUGUAAUAAUGUUUCUCAGAUGGAAAUCUCUGGUGUAUCGAGCAAAACUUCAAAAGAAAAGAUUGUCUCUCGAAUCUCGCAUGACAAAUGCAGCACACUCGAAUCUCACACUAAUGGGAAGGGUGAUACGAAUGAAUAUUAUGGUAGCUAUCUGUGGUUUGGGCCCAAAGGAAAUGGCGGGUCAAAUAAUCUCUAUCCUGGUGAUAUAAUUCCAUUUACUCGGAAACCUAUUUUCUUAAUUAUUGACAGUGACAACAGCCAUGCAUUCAAGGUCCUACAUGGAGCAGAAAUAGGGGAAAGAGCUGCUAUAAUCCUUUCACCCUUGAAGUCAGCAUUCAAGAACCAACUCGGUUCUGGUGUAGUGCAUAAUGGAAGUCAGUUUACCCUCUUCUUGACUGCUCCUGUACAAGCAUUCUGCCAAAUGGUUGGCCUCUCCCCUUCAAACACUGAUGUGGAUGUUUACAACAAUGCUGAAAGCAUACUCUCCACUGCCUUCUCUGCAUGGGAAGUGAUCCUUUGUACGUUAACUAACCUGGAUUUGGUCUGGGCACAAGUUCUAUCUGAUCCAUUUUUAAGGCGGCUUAUCCUCAGAUUCAUAUUUUGCCGAUCCGUGCUUUAUCUCUUCUGCUCUCCGGAAGAGAGGGAACAAUAUUUGCCGGUUUGCUUGCCCCAUCUUCCCCCUUCCGUGUCUCCAUCAUCAGACGUUGUGCGGUCUGCUGUCAUCAGUCUCUCAAAUCACCUCAACGUUGCUGACUGUUUUCGCUUUGACGACACAUGAUUAGGGCCAUAAAUUUUGAAAGGUAUUUGUAAUUAAGCAUUACAGCAUUCUGGCAGUCUGGUUCCUAGAUUGAAUGGGGUUUCCAUCAAGCCUUGCAGCAUUGAGACGUAACUUGUGAAAGGGUUCAAGCUGGCAAUGAAAAGAGCACUGAUUCAGUGUGGUUGCUCCUGCUUGUUUUAUUGCAAAUAUGCUACCUCGUGGUGGUUUCAGAGCCUGCGUGCUGUAACGUCUGGUGGUUUGUUCUCUGUAGAUGAGUUUUUAUGGUGUGUUUUGAGCAUUGCAGGAUGUGUAGGAGGCGAUUGUGUAUAAAGCUAAUUGCUUUAAUGAUUGUGGUAGAACUGUUUCGAAGUAGUACCAUUUUUAUCUUCUGGAUGAGAGAUUAAUAGGAGGUCAGCAAGUGACACAUUCUUUCUUUCCUUCUUUUUUAAAAAUUUUUUAAUACACUUUCAGCGGCAUUUACACAUAUUCAUGGAGAAGCUGCAAAAGAGGCAGGAUGUCAAAGAGGGGAGUUCAGGAUUGCUGAAAGUUUAGCUCUACACCUUUACGAAAUGUAUUGCUUUAGUUUCAUAUUUUGGUUAUAUUCCAAAAAAAAAGUUUCAUAUUUUGGUCA